UAAUAAAAAAGUUUCAUUACACUUAUCAAAUGACUUGGCCUUGCCUCUAUUUAAACCCUCCAACCCAUCAUUAAGAUCUCAAUAUCUCUCUUCCUUUCUCUUUAUUCUCUCACACAAAAUAAUGGACAAGAAGCUUGGCAACACGUCUCAUGAUCCUGAAGUGAGAAAGGGGCCAUGGACAAUGGAAGAAGACUUAAUCUUGAUCACCUAUAUUGCCAAUCACGGGGAAGGGGUUUGGAACUCUUUGGCCAAGGCUGCUGGACUUAAACGUACCGGAAAGAGUUGCCGGCUCCGGUGGCUAAACUACCUCCGUCCUGAUGUUAGAAGAGGGAAUAUUACACCCGAGGAACAGCUUUUGAUCAUGGAACUUCAUGCAAAGUGGGGAAACAGGUGGUCCAAAAUUGCCAAGCAUCUACCCGGAAGGACUGAUAAUGAGAUUAAGAACUACUGGAGGACAAGGAUCCAGAAGCACCUCAAGCAAGCUUCCAGCAGCUUCCAGCAACAGAGUAGUAAUUCUGAGAUAAUUUAUCAUCCCCAAGCUUGCACUAGCCAAGUGUCCACCAUGGCGCAGCCCAUAGAAACCUAUUCUCCACCCAGUUAUCAAGGAAUGUUAGAUCCAUUUUCAAUUCAGUUCCCAACAAAUCCUCAUCAUUCUAGUUGUUGUACCAAUGACGACGACAACAACAACUAUUGGAGCAUGGAGGAUAUCUGGUCAAUGCAAUUAGCCAAUUACUGAACGGGAAUUAAACCUAUAAACAUAAAUAUAAAUAAUAUAUAUAAACCUAAGUGUCUAAGUUCCAUAAAUUAAGCUGUAGUCUCUGGCUUAAAACAUGUUAGGUUUGUUUAUACAAGUAGUUGGAUGUUUGGAGUACUUCGGUCUUUUGCGUACCAUCAAUAUUUAAGAACUAAGUUAGUUAUGUUCCGUAACUUAUGGGCUCUUAAUUAAACUAUAUCUGCACAAAAUUAUAUAUAUAUCAAAUGUGAUGGUAUGUGGACUAUAAAAAGAUAUGGUUGAGAACCACAAACUUUGAAACUUCGAAUAAUAUAUUGCCAGUGACAGUCUUGUUGAUUUGUUAUAGCAA